UUUGGAUAAAUCCGUGGUGUCCUCAAGAUUUGAAAUUAUUUUCAUAUUCGUAUAUAUUUUUUAUUUCAUUACCCUUUUCGUUUACCUUGUGUUAGUGGCUAUCGUUUGUGUUCUAAGAAGACUGUAUUUUUGGUGAAUUUUCUUCAUUACAAAUCUCCUGUUCCUAUCACCAUGCCAAAAGUUGUAUCAAGAAGUAUUGUAUGUUCAGACACAAAAGACCAAGAGGAGUACAAUGAGACCAAACCACUGCACAUUUACUAUUGCAUUUGCGGUCAAAUGACGCUGAUAUUGGACUGUACUAUAGAUCGUCUGCCUUUGCGACCUACCGAUGGUGCAAGAGUCAUAGACGGCUCGAAACACGCUCACAAAAUCACUUCCGACCCAGACGAGACGAUAUACUUGAAGCGAGAGAAAGGUAUUGAAAGGCAGUACAGAUUAAAGUGCAAGAAAUGUGCUGUACCAUUAUACUACAAGCAUGAUCAAGACAGUAAUAUUGCCUUUAUAAUGAGAGGGGCACUUGUUCAGUCGGCCGGGGAAGGGGGUGUUACAGACAUAUACAAACAGGUCGCUUUGGCUCAACCUAAGAAGAUUAUGGUGACAAAACACACAAAGAAUAUGGGUAAAUUCAGUUCUGUCACAGUUUCAACUAUAGAUGAGGAGGAAGAUGAAAUUGAAGCUAGGGAGGUUGCCGACAGCUAUGCCAACAAUGCCAGGAUUAUUGAGAAGCAGUUGGAAAGGAAGGGAAUGAACAAGAGGCAAGCAGAGACCCCUGCACAGGCUACAGAGAAGAGAGUCAGAGGGACUUUGAUUGAUAAAUAAAUAUUAUCAAAAAUA